AUGUUUAAAAUAUUGUCUCGUCGGGAUUCCUCAGCGAUUCUACACACUCUUGAUUUUCACCGCUAUGCAAUUAGGACGCGUCACCGAGUUAAAUUGAUUAUAAAUUAUGCAGUUUCACACAAUGUCCGACAUUUAGACAUAUAUCUCAAAUGUCGUUUUGAACAAUUUCCCCGUUGCUUAUUUUCAUGUUGCACUUUAACUUCUCUUAAACUUUCUGUUUCCCUCCCUCAAAUGUAUAGUAAGAGAGUGUGUUUCCCUAAUUCUCUGAAUUUGCCGGCAUCAACCAGCUUGUCUCUAAAGUCAUUCUGCUUUCGUGUCGGCGAUGAUGGACGCGUUGAGCCUUUUUCCACUUUAAACAACUUGAAUACCUCUUUCGAAAUUGAGCUAUCAGCCCCAAGUCUUAUUACAUUUAAUUUUAAGGGUAUUCCUCUUCAAAAACUCCGUCGGAGCAAUGGCAAUCUCUCCACCGUCAAGCAUGUAAGUUUUGAUGUCGAUAAUUGGUUAUAUAGGGCUGCUACUCCUUUGGUUCUACUCAACUGGCUGGUUGAGCUUGCUAGUAUCGAAUCGUUGACAAUUACUUCAACUACUCUUCAGGCUCUUUCCCUUGUUCCCGAUUUAUUGAAGUCUGAGUUCUCUUCCUUGUGUAACUUGAAGUUGUUGAAAGUAAAGAAGAAAUAUUCUUUAUCCGUACUCGAUGAUGGAUUAGUGGAGUUUUUGCUUCAAAACUCACCCUCAGCAGAGGUUAAAAUUGUUGAUUAUUGA